AAAUAUCCAAGCAAUUAGCAAGGUCGCCGUUUGACGGACAAACCGUGAGGCGUGCACAAAGUUAAGGUUUGACUGAUGCAGAUUACCGCGAAUCCUUUGAUGUUUGCUUUCCUCUCCUUUGUUAGGACUAUACGGGGGGUCCGCUGAAUGCAGAAGCCAGCAGACUGUCCGUGUGCCCACAGCGCUCACGCGGACGCUUUUAAAACGGGGAGUGCGCGAGCGGCUGAGCUUAAGCUGCAGCCGAAGAUGGCGGCGUGUGGACGUGUUCCGUUAAUUCUGCUGUUGACGUCCCAGUGUUUGUGUGUGUUUUUAACGCAGGGGCUGAAACCGGCCGCCAACGUGAACGUUCAUCCUCCGGUUAUCGCCAUUAACCGGCAACUUAAAAUUGGAGCUUCGAAUGCCGGCAGUGUCGGUGCUGCUUCGUCGGUGUCUCAGCCCAAGAGAACAACUGGUUGGAAGCUCGCCGACGAGGAGGCCUGUCGGGAGGACCUGACCCGGCUUUGUCCGAAACACACCUGGAAUAAUAACCUAGCGGUCUUGGAGUGCCUGCAGGAUAGAAAGGAGGAAACGGAGAUUGCUACAGACUGCAACCAUUUGCUGUGGAACUAUAAAUUGAACUUGACCACUGAUCCAAAGUUUGAAUCUGUGGCAGCUGAAGUGUGUAAAAGUACCAUAUCGGAGCUUAGGGAAUGUGCAGAUGAGGAGAGAGGUAAAGGUUAUCUGGUGUCCUGCUUGGUGGAUCAUCGUGGUAAUAUCACAGAAUACCAGUGCCACCAGUACAUCACAAAAAUGACCAGCAUCAUCUUCAGUGACUACCGUCUCAUAUGUGGCUUCAUGGACAAAUGCAGAGAGGACAUCAAUGCCUUGCACUGUGGAAGCAUCACUACUGGGGAAAAAGACUUGCACUCCCAGGGCGAAGUCAUUGCAUGUCUGGAAAAGUCAUUGGUGAGGGAGGUAGAGCAGCAGGAUCAGCCUCAUCCAAUCAAAGAGGACUGCAAGAAGGCCAUCAUGCGAGUGGCUGAACUGUCGGCCGACGACUUUCAUCUGGACCGCUACCUCUACUUUUCUUGUCGAGCUGACCGAGAACGAUUCUGUGAAAAUACUCAGGUCGGAGAAGGCAGAGUCUACAAAUGUCUGUUCAACCACAAAUUUGAGGAAGCAAUGUCUGAAAAGUGCCGAGACGCUCUGACCACUAGACAAAAGCUGAUUGCGCAGGACUAUAAGGUCAGUUACUCUCUGGCCAAGGCCUGCAAGGCUGACCUUCGCAAAUAUCGCUGUAACCUGGAUAACAACCUGCCCCGAGCUCGAGAAGCUAGACUCUCAUACCUGCUCCUCUGCCUGGAGUCUGCAGUUCACAGAGGGCGCAUGGUGAGCGGAGACUGCCAAGGGGAGAUGCUCGAGUACAGGCGCAUGCUAAUGGAGGACUUCUCCCUGAGUCCGGAGAUCGUGCUGCACUGCCGGAGCGAGAUCGAGGCGCACUGCUCCGGCCUGCACCGCAAGGGCCGCACCCUGCACUGCCUCAUGAGGGUGGGCCGUGGGGACAAGGGCCUGGUGGACAGCCUCUGCCAGAAUGCUCUUCAGGCACUGAUCCAGUCUGCAGACCCUGGGGCUGAUUACCGCAUUGACCGUGCUCUCAAUGAAGCAUGUGAAUCUGUGAUCCAGACAGCCUGCAAACACAUCCGCAAUGGAGACCCCAUGAUCCUCUCUUGUCUAAUGGAACACCUCUACACAGAGAAAAUGGUAGAAGACUGUGAGCACCGGCUAUUGGAGCUGCAGUAUUUUAUCUCGAGAGAUUGGAAGCUCGAUCCUGUUCUUUACCGGAAGUGUCAGAAUGACGCGUCGCGGCUCUGCCACACACACGGCUGGAACGAGACAAGUGAGAUGAUGCCUCCUGGCGCUGUGUUCUCCUGCCUGUAUCGACAUGCCUACCGCACGGAGGAGCAGGGUAGACGGCUCACAAGAGACUGCAAAGUCGAGGUCCAACGGAUUCUACACCAGAGAGCUCUGGAUGUGAAGCUGGACCCUGAACUCCAGAAACGCUGCAUGACUGACCUGGGCAAAUGGUGCAGUGAGAAGACUGAUACUGGCCAGGAGCUAGAGUGUUUGCAAGACCAUUUGGAGGACCUAGUAUCAGAUUGCAAGGAUGUGGUGGGCAACCUGACUGAACUGGAGUCCGAGGACAUCCAGAUAGAAGCACUGCUGAUGCGUGCCUGUGAAGGAGUCAUCCAGUCCCACUGCCAUGAUGUGGCUGAUAAUCAGAUAGACACAGGGGAUCUGAUGGAAUGCUUGGUGCAAAACAAGCAUCAGAAGGAGAUGAAUGACAAGUGUGCUGUGGGAGUUACACACUUCCAGCUGAUUCAGAUGAAAGACUUUCGCUUCUCCUAUAAAUUCAAGAUGGCCUGCAAAGAGGACGUCCUCAAGCUGUGUCCUAACAUAAAGAAGAAGGUGGACGUAGUGGUGUGUUUGAGCACCACCGUGCGGAAUGACACGCUGCAGGAUGUGAAGGAGCAGCGCGUGUCCUUGAAGUGUCGCAAGCAGCUCCGAGUGGAGGAGCUGGAGAUGUCCGAGGACAUCCGUCUGGAACCCGAGCUUCAUGACUCGUGCAAGAAGGACAUCAACAGGCUGUGCUCUGCCAUUACAUUUGGCAAUGCUCAGGUUAUCGAGUGUCUAAAGGAGAAUAAGCAGUACCUGUCUCACAUGUGUCAUCAAAAGGUCUUUAAGCUGCAGGAGACUGAGAUGAUGGACCCAGAGCUGGACUACCAGCUGAUGAGAGUGUGUAAACAGAUGAUUAAGCGUUUUUGUACAGAGUCUGAUGCCAAGAAUAUGCUGCACUGCCUGAAGCAGAACAAGAACAACGAGCUGAUGGACCCCAAAUGUAAGCAGAUGAUCACCAAGAGACAGAUCACUCAGAGCACAGAUUACAGGCUUAAUCCAGUGCUACGGAAAGCCUGCAAAGCUGAUAUUCCCAAAUUUUGUCAGAACAUUCUGAACAAAGCAAGCGAUGACAACGAACUAGAGGGCCAGGUCAUAUCAUGCCUCAAACUCAAAUACACUGACCAGCGUCUGUCUUCAGACUGUGAGGACCAGAUCAGGGUGAUUCUGCAGGAGUCGGCCCUCGACUACAGGCUGGACCCUCAGCUUCAGCUCCACUGCAGUGAGGAGAUCACAAAUCUCUGCGCAGAGGAGGCAGCAGCACAAGAGCAGACAGGCCAGGUGGAAGAGUGCCUGAAGACCAACCUGCUGAAGCUCAAACGUGAUGCCUGCAAGAAGGAGGUUUUGAACAUGCUCAAGGAAAGCAAAGCAGACAUUUUCGUGGAUCCUGUCUUGCACACAGCCUGUGCCCUGGACCUGAAGCACCACUGUGCAGCUGUGACCCCUGGCCGGGGCCGACAAAUGUCAUGUUUGAUGGAGGCUCUCCAGGACAAGCGGGUGAGAUUGCAGCCUGAAUGUAAGAAGAGACUACAGGACCGGAUAGAUAUGUGGAGCUACGCAGCUAAGGUGGCACCAGCGGAGGGCUUCUCUGACCUCGCUGUGCAAGUGAUGACCUCCCCCUCAAAGAACUACAUUCUGCUGAUGAUUGCACUGGCUGUGUGUGUCCUUUUCCUGGUGGGCUUGCUCUGUGGCCGCAUUAUUAAACGUGUAACUAGGGAACUAAAGGACAGGUAGAGCAUGGAUCAUGGCGGAUGCAUCUCGGACACUUGAAGAAAGCCUAGACCCUUUCACCACUCAUCCACCCCGCUAAACCUGACUUUAGUGUGCCCCCAUAUCAUAUCUGACUUUGGGCACUGUAAAUAAGGGCUUGGGUGGGUCCAGUGCCACAUUGGAACGUCAUCGCGCCAACAUCCCUGCCACUAAUAUCCCAGAAUCGAGUAACAACACGCCGACCAAUCCUCAGAGAGGCUUAGAAACAUUUUGGGACAGCAAUUCAUUUUUGUUUUUUGUUUUUUUUGUUUUUUUUGAGAACUUCACUUCCAUUGCAUAUUCUUGCUGUACUAAGUUUGUCAUCUUUAAGCACCAAGAUGGUGUGUGCAUAUAGGCAGGGUUUUCUCUGAAGCACAGGCAGGCAAACAUCACUUUUUAGCAAGAAAAGUAUAGUUUACUUGGGUCAUCCCCAAACUUGGCUCAACACCACAGGUUGAGUUUAGCGAUGAAGAGUAUUCACUUUGCGUGAAAAUGUUGACUGGAAAGUGUGAGAAAUUUGUAACGGCCCAAGUCAGCCCUUAUUUUUUUUUAAUUUUCCCCUAAUUCCAUAAAUAUACUUUAACAUAACCAAAACUCAAGUAGGGUCAAUUUGUAAAGCCAGAUAUCUUGAUAUGGACAAAAUCUAUCUUUGACCUUUUUACUACAGAUAUUUACUUGAGCAAAUGGAGUAUGUAAAAUCUAGACAGAAUAUAUACAGUAGUCUAAAGUUUCAUGUUACAAAUUUUGUGGUUCAAAAAAGUUGAGGUGUUCAUUGCCUUUCAGCUAAGCUAAAUCUGCCACAUUGCCCUAAUUAUUAGUAAGUAAAGGUGUUUCUAAAUAUAAAUUAUUUGCUUUUCUGUUACAGACUUGCUCAGUCUUUUGUACCUGGCCUACAUUUUCACACAUGAACAUUAAAAGUAAAGGAUUGAAGUCAUUCAUGAUUUGACACGGAGUGACCUGUUUUGUAAGAUGAUGUGAUGACACAUGGGGCAGUGUUUUGGGUGGUGUUUAAAUGAUUGUGUCUCUUGAAGUUCUACUUUUGUGUAAUGGUAUCUAAUGAGUAGGUGAAGGAACAUGCAGAAUCUCGUUUAUUAUUAUUUACUUUGCAAACAUAUUAUUGGCUCCUGCAGCUUUUGAAAUGAGCAGAAAACACCAUACUGUCACUAUAACAAGAUCUGGGAUAAACGUCUGGGAUAUACGAUUUAUGAAGAGUCAACUGUGUCUCAUGGACCAACAUAUUUUGAAAUGAAACACACAAGUGCAUAGCAUAAGAAUACACAUUUAAGAUUUAACUUUAAAUGUUAAUUGAAUGAAUGCACUUUUUGUGUGCUUUUGUUUGUCCAUAGCCUUAUUUAUUGUUUAUUUCCUGGAAGUAGAUUUGAUUUGUUUUUGUUUGUUCUCUGUUUAUUUCCACUGUUGUCUCGCUGUGGGUAAAAGGUUUUUGGCAAAUUUUGAGCAGCAAGAGCUUGUUAUGAACUGUGACAAUUCCACGUAGUGUCUCACAUUCCUGCCUGCGUUGGUCAUUUUACAGACCUCGCACAAACGGUUUAAUCAAUUGGAUCACGCAGAUAUAUGUAUAGUUCAUCUCAGCAUGGCCCUGAAGAGUAAGGAUUUUCCUUGGUAGCAUGAUGAUGGUCUUAAUAUAAAGAAGCUGAGUGAAUGGCACACUGAUUCCAGGCCUGGCAUAGUAUUCUUUGAACUGAUCGUCUUCACAAAUACAUGAGGUGUGUUUAACAGUAGCCAAAGAGCAGGUUAGAUGAUUGUCAUUUUUGUAUAGACAAUCUCAAAUGUGCUUGAAUGUGGUCUAAAAUAAUUUAAUUUUCACUGGAAUUCUGCAACAUUUUAGUGGACAUUAUUUCAAGGAAACCCACAUUAUUGAUUCCUUUCUGUACGAUUCUGUGUAGUUUGUGCAUUUGGUAGGUAUGUAAAAACACUAGAUGAGGAAUAACAUGUUCCAUUGGGUGGGGGGUGUACUAAUUAGUAAACAAGUUUGCAUUCAGUAACUGAUAUAACUGAUACAACCAUAGUACAAUACAACCCUUAAUCACAUUAGAAAGGCCCACCAUAGACAAACAGGGCAAAAUUGCUGGAGUAUGCCACAAAAUGCAUAAUGCUGGACCAGUGGUACUUGAAAUAAUGCAUAUUAUAGCACAAGUGCUGAUGAAAGUGGCUGUAAAUGACAAGGAGACAGAAUUUAUUCUGUUAGGUAUUAUGAGCUGUAUACUUAUUAAAAGUCAGGCCAGCUUUCAUUUUUGGACACCCUCUUCCCAACAUAAUACUCAUUCCAUGUACUGUAAAACAUGCAUUUAUCACUAUGGCUGUAGUAUUCUACUCGUGCCCUGUGGUACUCUUCUCCUCGUCAUUCAUAGCCAUCUUCAUUUCUUCAUUCUGAUGGAGACAUGGCAUUAUAUGGUAAAUACUAGAACCAAAAUGUGCUAUAGAACGAAUUUGUGGCCUCAUGGAGAUUUAUAGUACUGGCUAUCGAAUGUUGUCCUUUUGCCCAUGGGUUCAAGACCUUCUGCAAAUCAAGUAGAUUUUUGUAUUUAAUUUUUAGUUAGAUUUGAACACACAAAGUUGGCUUAGGUUUGAUUUUGCCACGAUCUGUUUCACAGGUAUUUUGGAAGCGCUACCAUGUGAACUCGGUAAUAUUGAUGGUAUUCUGUAAAUAAUACAACUAGACUGCAAAUUACAUUGCCCUUUUUUCCUGAUGAGUAAGCUAUGAUUGAGAAUAUCUAAUGACCUAUAUAGACCUAUAUAAUUGUAGAAAAAUAAAUGUCAGAUAUUGCAAAUAUUCUACUUGCUAAAUUGUCAGUAGAUAGUGAUCAUAAUUGUAUGUUUAGGUCUUUCACUCCUUUUCCUCCUCUCAAAACCAUUGAUGUCAAGAUUUGUAGUUACCACCUGCUGUUGAGUGUCAGAGUUGUUAAGAAUCACUUUUGUUUUCUUUAAACAUUUGUUCCUUUUAUUUGUAAGGAUUUUUUGAAGCUUGUGCAGCUGGAUUUGAGUCCUAGGACACACUUUUGGUUUAAUGUGUUUUAUGCUUUAGGUAGCCAUUUUUAUGGUAUCUUGACCAGUGGAAAAACUCUGGCAAUGAACUUGAUGCAAAUAACUUGGCCAGUGCCAUUUGUGUAUAUGAGAAGUCUGAGUAAGUCUGAUGAGAAGCAGAGGAGAAGACGUUAGCACUGAACACAAACUACGUUCUGCAGUGCUUAUGACAUUCAAGGACUGGAUGGAAACACCUUGAUUUACAUGCAGCAUUCUGUAGUGGAUUUGUGUAUGGCAACAAAUGGAAACAAUAAUGUGACCUUAAAAAUGUGUACACACACACACACACACACACACACACACAUGCGUGCACAAAAUGAGUGGGGGUACGGUGGUAUAAGGAUAUAUUUGUGGGUCUUUUUUUUUUCUUGUGUUAAAAAAAUAACUGUGACGAGUCUAAGUAGAGAGGCAGAGAUACAGACAGUGGUAGCCAAAGAGGAAAUCGCAUUUGAUUUGAAAUGGCAUUUUCUCUGACGCUUUGUAAAGACUAAAACUGCACGCCACAAACCUGUUUCAAGUGGAUUUUUUCCCCCUGUAUUGUCUGUAGAAUUUACUCAGAAUUAACUACAAGUGGACUAAACCUUAUCACUUUGUAAAAAUUUGAUGGCUGUAAUAUUUUCUGAAAUUCUGCCAUGUAAUACUGAGAUGUAACAAACUGAACACAGCUAAUGCAUUUUUUUAUGUCUGUACAGAUUCAGUUUAAUAAGACUAUAUGCAGAUUUUCUUA